UCUCAUUUGUCUCUACCUCUUCUCUUUCAUUUUUAUUUCUCCGGACUCUCACUCGUCAGUACUCUCAGUCUCCGGCGCUUGAAUCGCGCAUUCUCCGUCGUUUACGCUGUUCAGAAUGAGUUCUAGGGCUGGUCCAAUGUCUAAGGGUAAGAGCGUUUCUCAGGGUGGUUCCAAGCCUGAGGUUGAACAGUUGGCGCAAGCUUUGGCAGGGACGAAACUGGCCCCUUCACAAGAUGAUGGAGGAGAUUGGGAGGUCAUUUCCAAGAAGAACAAGAACAAACCUGGCAACACUUCUGGAAAAGCUUGGGUUUCUCAGAAUGCAAACCCGCCUAGAGCUUGGGGUGGUCAGCAACAAGGGAGAGGUAGUUACGCGUCUGGGAGAGGUAAUGGCAAUGGUUGGGGCACUCAAGCUACUGAUAACCGGGUCUCUGGUCGGGGAAGAGCAUUGAACAAAAAGUAUGAUAACAACUUUGUGGCUCCCCCACCUGUAACUCGCCCUCCUUUGGAAGGAGGAUGGAAUUGGCAGGCAAGAAAAGGUUCUGCGCAUCACACUGUUUUGCAGGAGGUUCCAAACGUGGAGGAUGAUGAGGAUAAUGCUUCUGAGGAAGAGAAUGAUUCUGAUGCUUUGGAAGAUUCUGAUGAUGACCUUGUGAGUGAUGAUUAUGACUCUGAUGUGAGUCAAAAGAGCCAUGGAUCACGGAAGCAGAAUAAGUGGUUCAAGAAGUUCUUUGACAGCUUGGAUAGCUUGUCAAUCGAGCAGAUAAAUGAACCACAGAGGCAGUGGCAUUGUCCAGCUUGUCAGGGCGGACCUGGUGCCAUUGACUGGUAUAACCUACAGCCACUAAUAGCUCAUGCGAGGACAAAGGGAGCUAGGCGAGUUAAGCUCCAUAGAGAAUUGGCUGAAGUUCUGGACCAGGAUCUACAGAUGAGAGGAGCAUCUGUCAUCCCCUAUGGUGAGAUCUAUGGGCAGUGGAAGGGUUUGGGUGAGGAGGAAAAGGAUCAUGAGAUUGUCUGGCCUCCAAUGGUCAUCAUCAUGAACACUAGACUGGACAAGGACGAUAAUGAUAAGUGGGUCGGUAUGGGCAACCAAGAGCUGCUGGAAUACUUUGACAAGUAUGAGGCUAUUAGAUCACGCCAUUCUUAUGGUCCACAGGGCCAUCGUGGGAUGAGUGCUCUGAUGUUUGAGAGCAGUGCCACUGGCUAUCUGGAGGCCGAACGCCUCCACAGGGAGUUAGCUGAGCAAGGGUUAGAUAGAAACGCCUGGGCCCGUCGGCGUAAUCUGUUUUCUGGAGGUGUUCGCCAACUGUAUGGCUUCCUUGCAACCAAGCAAGAUCUGGAGAUAUUCAAUCAACACUCUCAAGGCAAAACGAGGCUGAAAUUCGAGUUGCGAUCUUACCAAGAGAUGGUUGUAAAGGAGCUGAGGCAGAUCGCUGAGGACAACCAGCAGCUGAACUAUUUUAAGAACAAGCUCUCAAAACAGAACAGGCACGCCAAGGUGCUUGAGGAAUCUCUAGAAAUUAUGAGCGAGAAGCUGCGUGAAACUGCAAAGAAGACUCGUAUCGUGAGACAGAGUACAAAGAUGCUGCAUGAGCAAAACAGAGAAGAGAUGGAUGGACAAUACCGGUUUUUCAAUGAUAAAAUCAAGCAGAUACAUAAGAACAGAUACGCAAAGGAGGAGAAUUUUGAGAAGUUGCAGCAGCAGGAACGUGCUAAGGUUGUUGAGAAUACUAGCAACGACGAUUGCCGAAAGAGAGCUGAGGAGGUGUCAAGCUUCAUCAAGUUUCAAGAGAAAGAGAUGGAGGAGUUUGUGGAGGAGAGGGAAAAGGUGAUUAUAGAGCAAGAGAAGAAGAUAAAAGAGAUGAAGAGAAGGCAUGAGGAGGAGGUGCUUGAUCUGGAGAGAGAGUACGAUGAGGCUUUGGAACAGCUCAUGAACAAGUAUGGUGGCCUUGACAAUGCAGAUGACUGAGACCGGGUGUGUUGUUUUGCUUUUGGUAUAUGUCGGCAAAUAGGAGAUUUGAGAGAAACUUUAUCUUAAGGAGAUUAUAGACUAUUAUUCUCCAAUUUUAAGUAGACAGAUCUAAGGAAGCACUAUAGUUCUUGUUACUCAGACCAAGUUUCCUAAAAGUAUUUUGUUUUGAGUAAGUUUUAGUUUCC